UGUGAGUAGGUAGCAGAGAGCUCCAGCCAUUUGGAGACUCGAGAGCUCGUUCAUUCGUCUCAAGUUCUCUCCUCCUCCACUACUACCACCACCACCGAUUCCUCCUCCUCCCCUCCAAACCCAACCGCAGAGCGACAUGGAGACCGUCGAUGCCAGUGCCCAUUACCAAGGCGUUAUCGAGGACAAACCCUCCAUCCUCGUCGUAAUUCUCGACACGAACCCUUUCGCCUGGGCAACACUACACGAUGAACUACCACUCCAGACCGCACUAUCGCACAUCCUCCUCCUCCUAAACGCGCACCUCAGCUUCUCACACGGAAACCAAGUAGCCGUAAUCGCCUCGCACACCAAAACCGCGUCCUUCCUCUACCCGGUACCUCCCUCCAGCACGCCAACGUCCACCCCCAGCCUACCCGCCGCCGACCCACUACGCGAUGCGAACAAAUACCGUCUCUUCGCGCAAAUCGAGCACACCGUACAAACCUCCCUGCGGACGCUCCUUUCCUCAACCGCAGCCACAACCCUCGAGGGCACCAGUGAAACAAUGAUGUCCGGCGCGCUGUCGCUCGCGCUAGCUUACAUCCACCGGAGCACAACCGACCUCUCGCCCACCACCGGCGCUACUACUACCGCGUCGGCUCCGCGAGCGGGGGAUGUGGGAUCUGCAGGACCGUCGAUGACCGCUAGGAUGCUCGUCGUCUCCGUCUCCGGUGACCUGGCGAACCAAUAUGUCUCAGUGAUGAACAGCAUCUUUGCCGCCCAACGGCUACGGGUGCCGAUCGAUAUCUGUAAGAUCGCCGGAGACACGGUAUUUCUUCAGCAGGCGUCGGAUUCGACCGGUGGGAUUUAUAUGCAAUUGCAGCAUCCUAGGUCGUUGCUGCAAUACCUUUUGUCCUGCUUCAUCUCAGAUCCAGCGACCCGCCGCCAUCUGAUCCCCCCAAGCCAGAUCAACGUCGACUUCCGCGCCGCAUGUUUUUGCCACAAGCGAGUGGUAGAUAUCGGAUUCGUGUGCUCGAUAUGCCUGUCUAUAUUUUGCUCUCCCCCGAAGGGUGCGAUAUGCACUACGUGUAGCAAUAAGCUAGAUGUUACUGCGCUGGGCAAUUACGGGGGUAAACCGGCGGUGGUGCUCAUGAAGAAAAAGAAGAUUAAGAAGGGGAAGAAAGGUUUGAGUGAGGGCGGCUCGCCGGUUUGUGCUUAGCCUGGAAGUCCAUGGAUAGAGGACUUGCAGUCUAUGCUGCGAAGUAUGGGUCAUAUGUGACCGUCUUUUGGGCCUCGAGAUGGCCAUUCAAAUCAUUGUUCACGGUACCU